AUGCCCUUUGCUGUGAUCUUCCUCUCUUUCACUAGCCCCUCCUCUUGUAUCUCAGAGAACUGUACACUGCACAGGAAACAGCAUCGGCCUCCUCCCCCUUCUCCUCCCACAUCCCUCCCUGUUUCCACUACAGCUGGAGACACACGCAGUUCCUCACCUUCCAAUGAGCCCAAGGAGAAACGUGUGCACUUCGACCUUGAGACCCUCCACAGCUACCGUCUGCGUACACACACCGCCUCAGUGCGUGGCAGGCCCGGGAUGGUCGGCCGUCCUGGGCUCGGCCUAGGAGGGUUGGGGCUGGGCAACCUGGGGAGUUUCACCCCCUCACCACAGAUUAACCCCCAUGCCAACGGGGGCCCAGGCUCUGCACUGGCCUCCGCAGGCUUGGUGCUCUCUCCCCUGGGUGGCAGGGCCACUCAGACCAGCCUGUGGGAGGGGGAGCUCCAUGAGCUGCAGGGUAAGAUCGAGACAUUUCGCAACCAGCUGAGAGAAGCUCUAGCCAGGAGAGCAGAGAUCCAGAGCAGCCUGGAGCGAGAGAGGAGUGGAUUUGUUCGCAGGGAUACCAGCCUGGAAAGGGAAAGGGACAGACAGAGGAUACAAACUAUUAAUACAGACAGAAGUAGUUCCAUUCAGUCCAAACUUCCUGAGCGAGACAGGACAAGCCAACUGCAAACCCUGAAUAAUCAGCAGACAGGGAGGCCUAGCCAAUCAGGCACUCCUGAGACUCUGGAACGUGGAAGAAGUGGCCAAUUAAACACAGUUAACAGUUUGGACAGAGGAAGAAAUAGCCUCACAUCUGAGCGCUGUCCACAUAUUUUCAAGAGAGGGUUUUGGAUUUUUCGGGGUGACUUGCGGGAAGCUGGAGAUGGAUUAAAGGACCGGUGCACCGCAAAACUGGAGCAGCACGCACGACCACGCCGGGGAGGAAGGGGGCGACGGGACUCGGUGAAUUCACGAAGCCCCCGGGACAGAGGCUGUGACUGGUCCCACCCCAAGAUGACAUCCCCCAAAAGCAAAGCCAAGAAGAAGCCACCCAAAGACAGCAUAACACUGCUGCCAUGCUUUUAUUUUGUAGAGCUCCCCAUCGUCCUGUCCUCCUUGGUGUCCCUAUAUUUUCUGGAGCUGACAGAUGUGCUGUCCCCAGCGAUAGUGGGCUUCCGUUGCCAUGAUCGUGACCUCUCCAUGCCCUAUGUGGAGACAGGCGAUGAGCUGAUCCCCCUGCUGAUGCUGCUGAGUUUAGCCUUCGCUGGUCCUGCAGCAUCCAUAAUGAUGGGGGAGGGCCUGAUGUACUGUAUGCAAUCCAAGCUGAAGACUUGUCCUAAGUCCGAGAGCAGUAUUAAUGCUGGGGGCUGCAGCUUCAACUCCUUCCUACGCAGAACUGUGCGCUUUGUCGGUGUUCAUGUGUUUGGUCUCCUGGCAACAGCCCUGGUGACAGAUGUCAUCCAGUUAGCUACUGGUUACCACACCCCUUUCUUCCUCACCGUCUGCCAGCCCAAUUACACCGCCCCAGGAGUGUCAUGUGACAACAAUGCCUACAUCACGCAGGACAUCUGCAUGGGGAAAGACCAGUAUGCCAUCAUGUCAGCUAGGAAAACAUUUCCAUCCCAGCAUGCAACACUCUCUGGCUUCGCUGCGGUCUAUAUCUCAAUGUAUUUUAAUGCCAGCAUCGGCAGCACAACUAAGCUGCUGAAGCCGCUUUUGGUGUUUGCUUUCUGCAUGGCGGCGGGCCUUGCCGGGCUGACACAGAUAACCCAGCACCGCAGUCAUCCUAUAGACGUCUACGUGGGAUACCUCAUAGGAGCUGGCAUCGGAGUUUACCUGGCUGUGUAUGCAGUAGGAAACUUCAAAGCAUCAGAAGAAGAUGCUUCCUCUUUACAGAGAUUGACCCCAGCUCAGCAAAAGGACACCUUGAGGGUUCUGAGCCAGCGGAGUCAUGACUCCCUGUACAGGAAGACUCCCAGGGUGUCUGAGAGCAGAGAGGACCUGGGCCACGGGCUGGGGUCUGGGGCCCGCAGUAAGGUGAGGAGGGAGAAGGCGUCACUGGCCUCCCUCAAACGAGCAAGUGCUGAUGUGGAGCUCCUGGCAACCCGGGGUCCCAUGGGCAAGGAAACCAUGGUAACCUUCAGCAACACCUUGCCGCGAGUUGCAAAUGGAAACAGCCCCAUCUCCCCUUCAGAGGAGCCAGUUACCAUGCAGCGCCACAUGACCUUCCACAUGCCCUUUGACCCCCAGAGGUCUCGGCAGCUGGUGUCAGAGUGGAAGCAGCGCUCGCUGGAGCUCCGUAGCCAGAGCUCACGAGAUGAGGAGGAGGGAAUGGAUGGAAGAGAUGGAGGAGAUGAACGGGGGGCAGCAGCAGCAGGAGAAGGAGCAGACCAAGGGAUGCCUUCUUCUCUUUAUCCCACAGUGCAAGCCAACAAAAGCACAGCCACACCGACUGCAGUCAGGAUGGUGGUGGCACCCCCACUAGUUCACAUCCCCGAGGAGGCUGUUCGGCCACCGCCCGUCUCCCCUAAGAGUGCUAAAACCCGUGCCAAGUGGCUGUCGCUCACAGAGGGAGGAGGAGUGAAGGAGCCGGGAACGGGGCCCAUUGCAGUUUCAACUCCCCGUGUGCCCAGCACGCAGCCCACUCAGCCACCGAGCCAGCAAAGGGUCACUCAGGUGAUAGCUGUAUCUAAGCAGCAGGGUCAUGGGCCCAUCACCUCGUCCACUAAGACCUCAGAGGGUGGCUCCUCCUCAGGUGGUGGGUCCAACUGCUCUGAGUCUCCCUAUUACCGGAUCCUGUCUGAUCGAGACAGCUGCACUGGGAGCAACCCAGGAAGCAUCGCCGGAAGUGGGAGCAUUGUCACGAUUGAUGCUCAUGCCCCUCACCACCCCGUGGUGCGUGUGUCAGCCAGUAAUGGCAAGCCAUGGGAAUGGAGAAACACCAUCAGUGGUAACAUGAUGACCGCUGACACAGACAAACACCGCACAGCACUGCAGCGACAGGACAAUGUCAGUCAUUACCGGGAUUACCGGACACUCCCGGUGAAAACAGACUCUCUCUGCUCCUCCUUGGCUAGCGGCAGGGCCGCAGGGGGGCUGUCAUCGUCCCCUCUUCUGCCACCACCUCCUCACUCAUCGUCCUCCCUGCCGCCCCCUCCGCACCCGAGCUCCUCUUCAAUGCCUCCACCCCUCUCCCCAGUGCCUCCACCUCAUCACCCAUUGUCCUCUCAAAUGCCCCCACCUCCACAUCCAUCCUCUUCCCCCUUGCCUCCUCCACCUCAUUCCUCCUCCAUGCCACCGCCCCCUCACCCAUCAUGCUCCAGUAUUCUUCCCCCUCCUCCCCACCCUGACCUACUAAUGGACGCCCACAGCCAUACGUUGUCCCGCACCUCCACCCUGCCUCGUCAGCCUUCUGUCUCCGCCCGCAGCCAUGCUGAGCAGGAGCACUACUACAAGGCCAUGCAGAAUGAGAGGAUGUUAUAG